AUGUCGGCCUCGAUCUUGCAUCAGUGUCCCCAGUGCGGGCACGUCUCUGAUAUUUCCAACGCACUCGCAGCAUUUAUCGAGAACCCCCACUGUACACAGUGCGGCUUAUCUGCGUCGGAAAGCAACCAGAAGAUGCAAGAUGAACUCGCUGCGUUGUUUGAUAGGCAAAUGAACAUGACUCCAUUUCCUCCAGUCAAGAGUUCCAUUGGUGCACCCCAAGAGCCAGAUCACUCGAAUAAUUUUCAGCAUUAUCAAUCAUCACCGCUGGGUCAAGCCCUCGGACACUCAAGUGUGGAUGUGUUGAGGUAUCGAGGGUUGGAUCCAGAUAGCCUCACGCCGGGUCAAAUGGGGCUUUUCGAGAACGCCGACGCAGAGCAGAGAGAGAGGCUGAUCCAGACGUGGCAACUUUAUUCCCAGAUUGGUGAUAGCAGCCCCUCCGACUCCUCCAUGACGGAUUCCGCCAUGGAGGACGAUGAAACCAUAUCCGCCGAACCUUACAUGAUCUCCGGCUACGAGACUAGCACUCCUCUUCCCAAAGAGCCCACUACAGGGGCACCAUAUGCUGGCUCUAGUGACCCCGUGUACCAAAACCAACAAUGGUGGGAAUUGACCAAAGCUGGUCCCAUCGAAUCAGGCUAUGGAGCGUUUGAGGAGAUGAGAAGAUACUAUCCCAGCUGUGGGGUAUAUCGUUGUUAG